ACCCUGUAUCUCCGCAUUUGACAUCUGUUUGACAGCUAAUAGCUUGGAUUUUUCGUGAUUAAAAAAAUAUAACUUUGCAAACAAAUUACAUUAGCCAUUAUAAAUUUGACAUUUUAUAUGUGGAAUUUUUGAGCAUAAAACAAGCGGGCAGAAUUGUUUAUAAUGCUUACAUCCAAACAAUCUCAGAAAGUCUCGGCUGCGGCGUUGGGCUCGGAGAAUACCGCAACCGAUAAUGGGAACAUAGCUUGGAAGCAUUGGUGCCGUUUGUGCUCUAAAGAAGACGAAAGCAAUUUAAAUAUCUUUCCUGAAAUAGCAGAACCAGGAAGUGUAAUGGAUACCACUUUGGCGACUGCUAUUGGAAAGUUUUUUUGGGUCAAUAUUAGACCAAAUGAUGAAAUAUCAAAAUUUGUUUGCCUUGAAUGUCACACGCUGGUUUGUUCACUGACACAGUUUACUGAACGUGUUAACAAAGUGCAAGCCAUGUUUUGCGCACUGCAAAAUUCAAAUUCUAAUAAUACAAUGGACCUUAAUGAAGUAAAAUUACAAUAUGGGUUGCUCGAUAUGGAGUGGGACCAUAUAAUUAAGCUGGAACGCGCUGCUGAGGAGAAAGAAAUUAAUGACGAUAAAGGUUUAGGUGAUGAAUGUGAAUGGGAAUCAGAAGGAAUAUAUAGUAAGGAAGAAGAGCUUGAAUUUCAAAAAAACGACGAAUCAAAGGUAUCAGAAAAACUUUCCUUUGAGCGUAUAAAUCGAGGUUUGAAAAGAAAACGAAAUGUAGGUAGUGAUAAUGACGGAGAAGAAUAUAUAAUACCGAUAGGCACAAUAAUCGGUGAUUCUGAGGAGGAAGCCGAAGAGCACAUUUUGUUUGAAAAGAACACAACCGAAGAAGGGUUAGACGAUGCUGAAUUGCUUCGACAACUAAGAGGGGAGGAAGGCGAUCACGAUGCAAAUACAGAGCAACAAAAAAAUAAGGCGGUAAAAGAAAAAAAAGCUAAGGAAAUAAUUGAAGAAAAUAAUGAAAAUAUACAAGAAGUUGUUGAAACCUACGAUUCAAAUAAUGAUUCUAGCAGUGGCGAUCAAUCGGCUCCAGCCCAUAGUAUUGAUUCAAGUAGUCGGACACGUAAGAAACGACGUGGUAGGCCACCAAAUUACGACAUGGAUGAUAUAAAAGAAAAUGGGAAAACUGAUCCAAAUUCCGAAGAAGAUACAAAUGACAAUUGCCAAACAUCCUUUAAAUAUGAAUGCAACAUAUGUCACAAAAAAUAUAAAAAUCCAACAUCUUAUCGCAAACAUACGUCGGAAAAGCAUAACAUGGAGCCAGACAUCCCGGAUUUCAAAUGUGAAACUUGCGAUAAAAUAUACCCAACACAGCGACAAUUAGAAUUACAUGCGCGAUCGCAUCUAGCACUUGAGGAUAAACUUGAUAUACCGUGCCCCUAUUGUGAUCGAAAAUUUACUAAAGUAGCAGUGAUGCGUCAACAUGUACAGGGCAUACACGAAAACAAGAAGCCCUACGUGUGUGAGGAGUGUGGGCGAUCUAUGAAAACAUUGGCCGCAUUAAGUGAACACAAACUAGUUCAUACCGACGACACACCGUACGAAUGUGAGGUGUGUCAAAAAGCAUUCAAGACUAAAGCUCGAUUGAAGGUACACUUGGAGACACAUACGCUCUCCUCAUUCAUUUGUCCUGAGUGUGGUCUAAGCCUAAAUACGCGCCGCACGCUGAAAAUGCAUAUGAUUGUUCAUUCGGAUGCCAAACGUUACAAAUGUGACUUCUGUCCAACGGCUUUUAAGCGGGCUAAGGCUUUAAAAAAUCACCUGAUUUUACACACUGGUAUGCGGCCGUACAAAUGCAACUUUUGCGAGAAAACUUUUUCAAAUGGUUCCAACUGUCGUUCUCAUAAAAAGAAGAUGCACGCACAGGAAUUAGCCGAAGAAGAGGCAAUGGGGAAGAAAUCGGAAGCCGUUAGUGUGCCCAAACUUGAAGAACUGCGGUCGAGCACAAGUGUCGUAGAAAAUCCCCGAAUGGUUCAGCGUCAUCAUGGCGGUUUGCCGAUACACAUGAGGCAACUGUUAAUUGCAGCGGAGGAACGCGAAAAACGUACUGAGACCCCGAAACAAACAAAUGAAGAAUAUCUCGAUGAAAGUAUUGAAUCAUUCGAAGAUGAAACACAAACUCAGUCAAUAGUGGCAUCCAAAAUACAGCUAGAGGCUGAUGACGAUGCAGAGUUUAUUGAGUUGCAGGAGGACAUGAUGGAGGAUGAUGAUGCCGAUAGUGAAGUGACGGUGGUAUAUGAAAUAAUUGGUGAAAUAUAAGUAACAAUAUUUCUUAAACAUAAAAAACCGUUUUUAAUGCAAUACGAGUUAACAAAAAGAAAAUCGAAUGCUUUAAAUUUGGUUUGAAAUUCAUUUAAAGGUUAUAAAACUGGGUUAGAGCAGAAUAAUGACUGUUGCAACCUGUAUCUAUUACACACAUACACAAUUGGAAAAAAGCAAUCCGACAUUUUGACCGGUUUUGGUUAUCUUUCUUUGGUUCAUGUAAUGUUUAUUAAUUUCUUAUUAAAGUCCAGUUUAUAUAUGCAUAAUAAACGCCUUGUAAUUCCACAUUUCAAGAUUUGUAUAAAAAUUCCACAAAUUUUCACCAAAACUUCAAACGUUUUAACCAGAAUGUAUAUAUGAAGCGGCUACGAAUUCGCGUUGAUUAGAUUUUUCAUUUUGAUUAAAGAAAUGAUUAUAAACCGCGAAUUCCUAACCGCUUCAAAAAUGCAUAAUAUAAAGGCCCAUUAAAUUUUAACAUACAGAGGCUCUUUAGAAAUUCCAGUAGUUAAGUUAAACUAAUGAUUUAACUAUACCUCAAAAAACAGACAUUACUUUAAUUUUUCUCAAACUCUGAAUAAAAAGUGAAGUUUUGGCGAAAGUUUAUUGAAUGUUUGUAGAAAGGUUGAAAUGUGAAUUUCCGAUUUCAGGCCUUCAACAAGUACUGCUAAAAGUCUUAUAGGCAACCUAGACAUAAUUUUAGAUACCUCCAGCGAAAGUGAAUGCUUGGAUGUAGAAUCUGGAGACAUUAAAAAGUGUGAAAUUAAUGCUCAAUUGAAGGCCUAUCUUAAAGAAAAACGAGCUCAUCUGGGCGAAAAUCCUCUCGACUGGUGGAAAACUAAACUAAAAUACGACCUCGUGGGCGUUCCCACGACAGUCGGGUCUACGUAACCGGAACGACCCAGAUUUAUAUCUGGCCAAG